AUGUCAAGCGUCCAAAAAGAUCCGGGGUAUUUAAAUUAUGGGACCUACGCUCAUUUUAAAGACAAAUUUAACCCAUAUUACGGCAUUACAUAUGAUGAAAAUAGAUUAAAUAAAUUCAUAAAAGAAUCAAUUACUAAUAGCACUCAAGAACUUAAAUAUAAGGAUGCUUUUAAGGAAUUAUUUAGACAUAUAGUAAAUAUGUUUACUAUUGCAUCCGAUACAGAUAAUGCUUGUAAAUAUGUUAGCUAUAUAUUACGUAAUGAAAUCCAAAAAGUAGAUCAAAAAACAUAUAAUGAUAAAAUCUUUAGUGUUUUCAAAAAUUUUGCGCAAGCCUUCAAAAAAGAUAAAAAUUUUAGAAAUGAGCAAUGUGAAACUAAAAUGGUUAACAUAGAUUCUAGUGUAUUCCCCCAAAUGAAAACUUUAUAUGAAUUGUAUGAUAUGCAUUAUAAACUUAAAUCAACUUCUGUAUACUACGUAAAGGAGCGAUGUGAUACAUUUGGUCUUAUGAUUAAAAAAUAUAAUGAAGCUAUAGAAGAAUAUCAGCUUAAAGAUAAACAAGAAGAAGAAAAAGCAAAAAAACUGCAAGAAGAACGARAUCAACAACAACGAGAACAACAACGACGAGAACAACAACAACGAGAACAACAACAACGAGAACAACAACAACGAGAACAACAACAACGAGAACAACAACAACGAGAACAACAACAACGAGAACAAGAAGAACGAUUAAAAUCAUUAUUACCAUCAUAUGGAGAUGUAUCAGGUACUCCGAGUGCAUUGAGAACUCAAAAAAAUGAUCUAUCACCAUCAUUGGUGAAUGUCCAAGAAGGAGGAUUAUCAGCAAAUCGAAUGCUUUCAAGAGAACAACAACAUUUAAAAGGAAAUAAAUUUACAUAUUCACAAACACCUUUAUUAGCUUCAUUAGGGGGACAAAGAGAAGAAUUGGAACCAUCAGAAGUAAGAAUUCAUGAACCAGAAAGUUCAGAUCUGCAACAAAGCGUCACACCAGGGGCAUUUAGAUCAUUACAAAAUAGUAUCUCUGAAUUUAUAAGUGAUGUUCAACCAGCACCAAUUCUUGGUGUAUCUGGUGGGAUGGGUGCAUUAUUUUUACUUUUUAAGUAUACUCCAGUUGGAUCCUUCUUUGGAGGAAGAAGACGACGAAUCCGUCAAAUUCCUAGUAGUUUUGGAGGAUUUACACCAGGAGAUUUCUCAAAUUUCCAGGAAUAUGGUGGUGGGUAUGUUGGAUAUAGUCCAAUGUAUAUAAAUCCUCUCGCGGAAUAG